AUGGGACCGAAGGAGCAUGAGGAAGAGGUGCUACGAAGGGUCAAGAUAGGCAACGACUUGACGGUGGCCCAACGGCUGAAGGUGGAGAGUCUUAUCCGAGCGAAUCACGAAGCUUUCGCCAUCGAUCUGUCCGAGCUGAACGCAUGUACACACACGGAGCAUCACCUCGACAUUACACCGGGUUCGAAAUUAACAAGGACGGCCUUUGGGAAACCCAUGAGCGACAUACAACUGAAGGCUGCGGUGAAACUCGUCGACAAGAUGAUCGACGCAGGUAUAAUCGAAGCCGUC